AUGUACAAGAAGGCGCUUAACGCGUUUUUCCUCAAGGUUCACCCCGACUUUUUUCACCACAACCGAGAGCAACAAAUCGUUAAUGAGAACGCGGUUGCGCAGCUUAACGAAUUGCUCAGCUGGGCGCGGGAGUUCAAGGCGGGCACCUUGCGCGCCCCACCCGCGACGUCCAUCGCAUUCUCCUUUUACAGCCGAUUAGAAGGGGUGGAUACGAUGGGCAUCGAUGCCGUUCCGCGUGAGGGGGAAGGGGGAAGUUCGCAAGGCAGUAGCGCCAGCGGUGGGCGGGAUGGGAGGAGUUCGCUCACGGAUCGCCGCCAGUGGGAUUCCUCGAAAGUCGAGCAUCCCGGCGCGGCGGUGGUGAAUUCCACCUUUGAGCUUCCCGAGGGCUUCGUCGCGAGUGAGGCGAACCGUGGUUUGGUUGAGCGCUCCGUCAACAAAUUCCUUCGCGACCUCCUCCGUCGCGCAGGGUGUAUUGAUUCCAUCACGGAAUCGAUUUCAUCCGCGGAGGAUGCGACCGCCGCGCGGAUGGAGGCGAAGCCCCUCCGCCGGCGGCCGUUACCGGGCACCCGUGGUGGGCGCCACGACGCGAAGAAGCCAAGCUCGCUGCUUGAUGAGACCGCGGAGAUGAUGUCGAUGCGGUGGUCGUUAACACCCAUCCCCACGAUCGAGGAGCUGAUGGAUGGCGAUCAGGUUCUCUUUUCGAAAGCGCUCUCGCCGUUGCAGUGCUCCGCCGCGCUGCACACCCUCCGCACUCACCUUGGCGAGAUGCAGUACGACGUGUGGGAGUCGAUGCCGUUGAUCGUUUCCGAUCGGUUUGACAUCGGCAGUGACGUCACCGGAUGCCUGACGAUUCCGUGGGAUUUUACGCCGACCCAAUUCGUGAGUUUCCUCACCCACAACGCGAUACGGGUGGGGAAAUGCCGCGAGCAGGCCCUCGCCUUCGCGACGGAGACGGAGAGCCUGAUCGCGUCGCUGUGCAACACGCUGGAGUUGGAUGACGUGUUGAUCUCCUGCUCCCAUAAGACCGCACGGCACGCCCUCCGGCUGCUCGAACGCAACAAGGAGCUGCUUCACCAAUACGGGGUGGUGGGGUUGACGUUGGAGCUGCAGGCGGAUCGCUUCGCGACGCGGGCGAACGGCGUCCUCAUCGUCAGUGCCGCCAUGCGGGAGGUGGGGGAGCUCCGGGCGUGGCUGGAGAGCGUCCACGCGAAGCUGCCGCUGCAGCGGAAGCUCUAUGAGGUCUCCAAGCGGCUUCUCGAGACGACGAUGUGGCAUCUGAAGGAGUUUCGUAAUAUGGCCGAACCCGGCGGGGUGGAUGCCUUUCAGAGCAACGACUGCACCUACGCGCAGCGGCUGGAGUGGGCGAAGGAGCUCUUCUCCAUCGGCGCCACCCUCGCGCAGUGGGAUUGGGGCGAUUUCACCUUUGUGCUGAGCCCGGAGCUGGAUAUUAACUGGGAGAGCCGCACCAUCGCGUUGCCGUACAACUUUGACGGGGGUGCCUUUGUCAAGUACGUCGAGGAGAUCCAGCGCGACGCGAAGCAGAGGAAGCGGGCGGAGUUGUUAAAAGAAAGCGCCGCCCAGCGCGCCGCCACGGAGGCGGCCCGGGAGUGUGCGCACGCCGAAGAGCUUCAGCUUGGCGAGCUCGCGGGUGGCGUUUCCCACCCCGACCAGGCAGUGGAUUUGGGCAGCAGUUCUACGCGGACGUCUGAGAAUGCCUCGAAGGAUCUGUAUCGCCGAGCGAACCCGCACCUUGAAGAGUACUUGGCAUCCAGCGAUGACCGUGUCGAUACGCUGAGCGUCGAGCGACCUCUUUCGCACGCCACCGUGUUCAACUCUGACGCCGAAGCGGACUCCCAGCUCCGAUGGGAGGGCUUCUACGAAAGCCCAUACGUGGAUCAGGUUCCCACCGGCGACUUGGACGACAUCGCGCACACGUAUAUGGCGACGAACCGCUGGCAUCGCGAAGCGGCCGCGAAGAAAUUGAUCGAAGAGCUACGAAGCACGUACGGAAGCAAGAGUAGGCGCUUUGAAUAUCAGAAGAUGGGGGAUGUUAUGGGAAUCAACAAUGUGAAGGUACAGCCUAAGGGGUUUCCAACCCUCACACGCGGCUUAAGGCCUCCUGGGGUGUAA